AUUUCGAAGACGGAAAGGCGAAGCCUUUGAGCAGAACAGCUCCAGCAGGGAUCCUGUAAGCCUUUCUCUCUCUUCUCGAAACCUAGAGAGAGGAAGUGGACAUGGCGUUCGAGUUUCCGGACGAUUUCAUAUGCCCGAUCUCUCUCGAGAUUAUGUCGGACCCGGUUAUUCUUCAGUCGGGUCAUACCUUCGACCGCGUCUCAAUCCAACGGUGGCUCGAUUCCGGCAACCGGACUUGUCCCAUCAGCAAGAUUCCGUUGCCGGAGAGUCCUCUUCUGAUUCCCAACCAUGCUCUCCGGAGCUUAAUUUCAAAUUAUGCCCGUGUCUCUCCUCAGAAAUCACCUCUCGGGGCCGACGAUGAGCAGCCCCAGGCUUUAGUCUCUGCCCUCGUCUCCCGAUCGUCGUCUCCUUCGCUGAAGCUCCAGUCCCUGAUUUCCCUGGCCCGAGUCACGAAGCGCGACUCUUCGCUGCGGCGGAGGGUCACUGAGUCGGGCGCCGUGCCGGCGGUUCUGGAAUGCGUCGACUCGGGCAGUCUCUGUUUGCAGGAAAAGGCGCUCUAUUUGCUUCUGAAUCUCAGUCUCGAAGAUGACAACAAAGUGGGUUUGGUCGCCGAUGGAGUGGUUAAGCGGAUCGUGCGCGUCUUGCGUGUCGGUUCGCCCGAUUGCAGAGCUGUUGCUGCUACUCUGCUGACGAGUUUAGCUGUCGUGGAAGUGAACAAAGCCACAAUCGGCUCGUACCCUGAUGCAAUUCCUGCUCUGGUUUCUCUUCUCCGUAACGGAAAUGGCCGAGAGAGCAAGGAAGCCGCGACGGCUCUGUACGCUCUCUGCUCAUUUACUGAUAACCGGAAACGGGUUGUGGAUUGUGGGUCGGUUCCGAUUUUGAUUCAGGCGGUGGAUUCUGGGCUCGAGAGGGCGGUGGAAGUGUUGGGACUUCUUGCCAAAUGCAGAGGAGGAAGAGAUGAAAUGAUAAAAGUAAGUGGGUGUGUUAAGGUGUUGGUUAACGUGUUGAGGAAUGGGAGUAUUAAGGGAAUGCAAUAUGCUCUUUUUAUCCUGAAUUGCUUGUGUUGCUGUAGCCGGGAAAUUCUUGACGAGGUUAGGAUAGAAGGGGUUAUAGAGAUAUGCUUGAAUCUAAUGGAGGAUGAGGGUGAGAAAGUCAGGAGGAAUGCUGCUAGUCUAGUUCGAACUUUGCAUGGAAAUUCAAUGAUUGCUUGAUUGGGAAAGUCGGGUUUUCGGGUUUCUGCUAAAAGAGGAAGAGUAAAAAGAUCAGUUUUUUCUCGGGUGGCGGCCGGGUGUUAGUUCUCUCUGGUUCGAAUGGUCCGGAUAUGGAAGUGAGUCGGGUUUUUCUGUGUUUACCUGUUUCUCCUCUAGUAGUUCAUGUACAAAAGAAAGGGAAAAAAAGGGCCUAGGUUUUCGGCGAUCAUUUUGGGUUUCUGUACAUUAAGGUAAAGGAUCAUACAGACAAAUGUUGCCGUUGUCUCUUGUUUCUUUAGACGGUUGUAGCUUCAAAUUGCUUCAAAAUGUUCAUUUUCAAGAAUUAUAAUCCGUUUCGAUGUUUUAA